GGUUCGGCUGCGCGGCGGGGCUGAGGCGGCCGCGGCGGCCGGAGCGCAGGGAGUGGAUGUCUGGUUCCUGAGCCGCGGCGCUGAGGACAGCUACGCCUCGUGCACAGCUCUCUGGAUGACAGGGGCCCGGAGCUGAUGGCAGACAAUGUCAGCCACUAACAACAUAGCCCAGGCCCGGAAGCUGGUGGAACAGCUCCGCAUCGAGGCCGGGAUCGAGCGCAUCAAGGUGUCCAAAGCCUCGUCGGAACUCAUGAGCUACUGCGAGCAGCACGCCCGGAACGACCCCCUGCUGGUCGGAGUCCCCGCGUCCGAAAACCCCUUUAAGGACAAGAAGCCCUGUAUCAUCCUGUAGCGCCGUCCCCCGUGUGCUCCUGCCUCUGUCCCUCCGCCGGGGCGGCCACACUGCGCUCUCCGGUGACACCCCUCAUGCCCAAAACCUCCGGUUCCGAAAGGAACGCGGGCCGCUGCCACCACGGAUGGGGGGAACCGCGUCCUCUGAGUGUGGAUGGAUCCGCGGGCCCGCCCAGAAGACGGCGCUGGGGCCGCGGCCGCCUCCAGAAGUAGCAGAAGGUCCCAAGUGACGUGGUAGCGAUUUUCGGAAACUCAGGGUUGCCGCGUGGGCAGCGGUCCAGAGCCGCGCUGCGCCCGGAGAAGCGAAGGAGGACGUGUCGCUGCCCGGGCGCCCUGGGCAGCGGCCGUUGUCCCCCGAUGGGCCGUUUGUCAAAGACUUGCCAGGUCUAGGCUGCCAUGCUUUUUUUUUUCCCUUCUCCUAAGCAGAGGAAGAUUGGGGGGUGGGGGGCAGGUCCUGGCGGACCUCUUUGGAAACGUGUCUCCUUUUCACUUAAACGAUUGUUGCUCCACAUGGCCGAGCCCAGAGCUGGGGGGCUGAGCCUGCAGCCGACCGUUGUGUAAGAUGCACCCGGGAUUUUAGGGGCCAGGAAGGGGGCUUUGUCUGUGACGGGCACCCUGCGUGGCCGAGUGUCACCCUCCUGUGUGGCAUGCCUGUGGCCUCUGUAUGGCCUGCGCCACCCCAGCUGGGCCGUGGCCCCCUGCCCUUUCCUGGGACCCCCCCCCCAUCCCAGAAACGGAUUCUCCGCAGUUUGCCCUGGUCACCGUAAUGGCCAGUGGCGUUCCGCCUGGUUUGAGCAGGGAAAGUCGACGUGGGCCGUGGUCACACCUGGCUCUUCCGGGUUGUUGCAUUGUGUUGUGUCAUUUUCCACUUUAGUGCAUCGCCAUGGCCAUUUUGCAAACAGAAAUGCAGCCUGAGGACGCCCUGCCUGGGGGGCCGAAAGGUGUUAGGUGACCAGAAGGAGCCGCAGGGCCUGGGAGGUGAGAGGCUUCACCCGGGUGACUCCUCACCCUUCCCUACAGUGGUUUGUCUUUAAUCCCUUGGCCUCUGGUGCCCCCUGGACAGUUCAUGGUGCCGGAGGGACAGGGAGGGCGCAGUGCACAGCCGUGCUCCGGUCCCGUGCCAGGGCAGUCCUCAGACCAGGGCCUCUGUCCACCUCUGUGCUCCUGCCCCGCUCAGCCCCCUGCUAGUGCCAAGGCCCAGAUCCCACCGGCGCUAGGCUUGGAGGGGUGGGGCAUGCGUGCACGGGCCGGCGGGGGGCUCCCCAAGUGUGCGGGCUGUAGGCCCGACCCUGCUCCCCGGCUCCCGGCUCUCUCCGGCAGGUCCGGGAGCACCAGGGGCUUUGGGGAGCCCAGCCCCUCCACACCUGCGGUUGGAUGGGGAAGCCUUGGCCACUUUUCACUGGGCAGGGAGCCAGCCUCUCUCUGUCCCCUGCAGAGCGUCAAGAGGAACACAACCCGCUCCACGGUGGGGGGGGCCAGGU